AUGUCAAUGGAAUUAAGGCUGCUUGAUCUAUCCCAUUCCGCACUCGUUGCAGUUGCCCUUUGGGAUUCCAUCAUUGCGACCUACGGUGAUCUCAGUAAAAUUGACACAAUCCCCUGGUGUAUUGGUCCUGCGAUUGAGCUUACUGCUUUGAUUACCUUCCUUGUUCAAAGCUUCUUUGCGUACCGAAUCUAUAAAUGUUUCAAAGUGCAAAAGAAGAAGCUCACUGUAGCGAUUCCAAUUGUUGCACUCGCUUUUGCUCGUUUAAUAAUGGCUAGCAUUACGAAUACCGAGAUGCUCAGAUUGAAAUCAUACAGCAUAUUCUUUCAGCGUAAUUCUUCAUCUGCAGGUGGUGGGCAGCUUCUCAGUAUUGACAUUCCGAUAGAAUUUUCUUGGGUCUUCACUUUUGGCCUUAUACUUUCGGCAUUCGUGGAUAUCAUGAUCACAGCUUUCCUGUGCUACUUCCUUCGCAAAAACCGACCAUCUUUUACAGACACUAUGCGUAUCAUUGACACCCUGACAUUCUGGACAAUUCAGAAUGGCUCGAUAACGUGUGCUGCAACCAUCGCAACAUUGGUCUGCUGGAUGACCAUGCCUUCAAACCGCAUAUUUCUAGGUCUUCACUUUGUCGUAGCAAAAUUAUAUGCAAACUCCUUUCUAGCUACUCUCAACGCCAGAAAACAAAUAUGGAAUGGAAAGCAAUACACUCCUUCAAGCAAUCGGCCUAUGCCAGUCGUCUUUCUGGGGGAGUCCGAGCAUGGACCUGAUUCUUCGAUCUCGCAACAGGAAUCGCUGCGAAUAAAAACUCUCCAACCAACAGCAGUGCACCAUCGGGGGGAAGCGAUCCAAGUAAAUAUCGAACAGAAUGUGGAGACCAAGGGUGAUGAUUGCGAUGGGAUCGAUAGCCCGGUGUGAUGUUCUGUAGUUCGACCACCGUACUGAUGACAGCCUCAUGAUCAUUCACGACAUAUAUUUGACAUUAACUAUGCUAUUUUACUAACAUGUUUAUAUUCUUAUCGUGUACUACCAAUGUUGAUUUGGAAGCUACUGCGUAUCUUUCAUCCUCGAGGACUUUAAGC